AGAGGCCGGCGGGCGCGGGCGCAGAGCUCCGGCGGGGAGACGCCCCCAGCGCGAUCCCGCACCCCGGCCGCAGGACGCAGACCGGCUCACGGCUCUCCUCCCGCCGCCCUCCUGCGGACCGCACCCCGUGUGUGCUUCCCGGGACCACCCUCCUCUCGCAUCCCCGCGAGAAUUGGUUCCUGUGGACGAGUGGCUCCUUGAUUCCCAGGCCCUUUGAGGCGUCAGGAACCCCGCUGGCGAAACUCUCUACCUCCCCGGAGAAACAACACCCGCUCCUUCACCCAGAGCGAGCUGUCCAUUGCUAUGGAUACCGAGUCCACGUACUCUGGAUAUUCUUACUAUUCCAGUCAUUCGAAGAAAUCCCACAGACAGGGGGAGAGAAACAGAGAGAGGCACAAAUCCCCCCGGAGCAAAGAUGGCAGAGGACCCGAAAAGGCGGUCACCAUCCAGGCGCCCACCGGGGAGCCCCUGCUGGGGAACGACUCCACUCGGACGGAGGAAGUCCAGGAUGACAACUGGGGGGAGACCACCACGGCCAUCACGGGCACCUCGGAGCACAGCAUCUCGCAGGAGGACAUCGCCAGGAUCAGCAAGGACUUGGAGGACAGCGUGGGGCUGGACUGCAAGCGCUACCUGGGCCUCACCGUGGCCGCGGCGCUCGGACUCCUAGUUUUCCUCACCCCCAUCGCCUUCAUCCUGCUGCCCCCCAUCCUGUGGCGGGACGAGCUGGAGCCCUGCGGCACCAUCUGCGAGGGACUCUUCAUCUCCGUGGCCUUCAAGCUCCUCAUCCUGCUCAUCGGGACCUGGGCCCUCUUCUUCCGCAAGCAGAGAGCCGACCUGCCCCGGGUGUUUGUGUUCCGGGCCCUCCUGCUGGUCCUCAUCUUCCUCUUUGUGGUUUCCUAUUGGCUUUUCUACGGGGUCCGCAUCCUGGACUCGCGGGACCGGAAUUACCAGGGCAUCGUGCAAUACGCGGUCUCGCUGGUGGAUGCGCUGCUCUUCAUCCACUACCUGGCCAUCGUGCUGCUGGAGCUCAGGCAGCUGCAGCCCGUGUUCUCGCUGCAGGUGGUCCGCUCCACCGACGGCGAGUCCCGCUUCUACAGCGCGGGGCACCUCAGUAUCCAGCGAGCAGCACUGGUGGUCCUGGAAAAUUACUAUAAAGAUUUCACCAUCUAUAACCCCAACCUCCUAACAGCCUCCAAAUUCCGAGCAGCCAAGCACAUGGCGGGGCUGAAAGUCUACAACGUGGAUGGCCCCAGUAACAACGCCACUGGCCAGUCCCGGGCCAUGAUCGCCGCCGCCGCCCGGCGCAGGGACUCGAGCCACAACGAGCUGUAUUACGAGGAGGCGGAACACGAGCGGCGGGUGAAGAAGCGGAGAGCGAGGCUGGUGGUGGCGGUGGAGGAGGCCUUCAUCCACAUCCAGCGGCUCCAGGCCGAGGAGCAGCAGAAGGCCCCGGGGGAGGUGAUGGACCCCAGGGAGGCCGCCCAGGCCAUCUUCCCGUCCAUGGCCCGGGCCCUGCAGAAGUACCUGCGCACCACGCGGCAGCAGCACUACCACAGCAUGGAGAGCAUCCUGCAGCACCUGGCCUUCUGCAUCACCCACAGCAUGACCCCAAAGGCCUUUCUAGAGCGGUACCUCAGCGCGGGCCCCACGCUGCAGUACGACAAGGAGCGCUGGCUGUCCACGCAGUGGAGACUGGUCAGUGACGAGGCCGUGACGAACGGGCUGCGGGAUGGACUCGUCUUCGUCCUGAAGUGCUUGGACUUCGGCCUCGUGGUCACCGUGAAGAAGAUCCCCUUCCUCGUGCUCUCGGAGGAGUUCGUGGACCCGAAAUCGCACAAGUUUGUCCUCCGCUUGCAGUCGGAGACGUCGGUGUAGACGUCCUACGUGUGUGGCUUUACUCAAAGGAGAGAAUGCGGAGGGCCAUCUGUGUGCGCGGAGGGGGCCACCUCGUGUGUGUGUGACGUUCGUUGCCGAGACCGGCCGGCGCUGGACCAGCAGCCUGACCUGCACUUUAUCUGGAAGGAAGACGAGGUGUCGCCCUGGACAUUGGUGCGGGGGACACCUGACUGGCGGAUGGGACUUCUCAGAGGCCGUCCCCUGGCGUUCCUGUGGCAGCUGUAACCAAAGCGGAGCGGGCGGCUCUGGGAGCCUCGCCUUACAGCUUCGUCCCCGCCUUCUCCGGCGCCACACCCUCCACAGCUCCCAGGGGACGCAUCUUUACCCUGGUUCCGGAAGCCAGACGUGUGUGUGCGUGCGUGUGUGCG